AUGACCGAGCAGGAAGAAUCAACAACGAAAGCCAAAGAGAGCUUUGAUCCAAACAUGUUACAAGACCUUUUGCCACUGUACUACAAGCGGUUGUUUCCUCACAAACAAUUUUACCGCUGGAUGUCAUACGGACGCUCUGAGUCGUCCGUGUUUUCCAAUCGAGAAUUUUCUUUCACCUUGCAGGAUGACAUUUACAUUCGCUUCCAAUCGUUCGAAACUCAGGAAGAGCUUGAGCGGGAAAUAUGCGCAAAGGCCCCAUUCAAAAUCGAUAUCGGCCCUGUUUUCAACAUUCGCCCUAAGGAUCACCGCGGAAGCUCCGUGUUACAACCCGUGCAAAGAGAGCUGGUAUUCGAUAUUGAUAUGACCGAUUACGAUAGCAUUCGAACAUGCUGCAAUGAGGCCAACAUAUGCCAGAAGUGCUGGAAGUUCAUGACCAUCGCAUGCCGCGUGCUAGAUGAAGCAUUGCGCGAAGAUUUUGGCUACGAGCAUCUGCUGUGGGUGUUCAGCGGUCGUCGUGGUAUCCAUUGCUGGGUGUGCGACAAAUCGGCCCGCCAUCUGGACGCAACGUCUCGAUCGGCGAUAGCGCAAUACCUGAAUGUACUUAUUUCAGGUGGCGAAGGAACGGCUACGCGCGUCAUCAUCUACGAUGACAUGCACCACAGCGUUAAGCGUGCCUACCGCAUUAUCGAACCAAUGUUCGCCGAGAUUUGCCUCGAAGAACAGAACAUUUUCGGCAAUGCGCAGGGUGUGAAGAAGCUUGUAGCCAUGGUGCAGGACCCCACUGUACGCUCGGAGCUCGAGCGGCGCCUGAAAUCGGUUCAAUCUGAUUCGAAAAGCGUGUGGAAGGAGUUCACAGCAUUUUUCGAAGAAAUGCGCAUGUCAGGCAACAGCAACAGGUACCGCCGGUACAAAUUCAUCGUCGAGGAAACAAUUUUGGCGUUCACGUACCCACGGCUCGAUAUCAACGUAACGAAGGGAUUUAAUCAUCUGUUGAAAUCGCCCUUCUGUGUGCAUCCGAAAACGGGCAAGAUUUGCGUACCGUUCAACCCGAACAUUGCCUCCAAGUUCGAUCCCACGGACGUUCCCACCAUAAUGGAUCUUCUGAAGGAAGUAAACGCGUUCGACGAAAAAAAUACAGUUGAUGGAGAUGAAAAUCGAUCGAAAAUAAAGGACUACAAGAAGACGAGCAUGUUCAAGGGAACAGUCAUCUUCGAGGAGUUCCUUCGCAAGCUAGAAAAAACGUUUAAAGACAAGGGUACGGUUCGAAUUGACAUGAAAAUGGAAUUCUAA